AAGCAACCACAGCUUGUAGUGGAGAAGAUAGAUACGAUCCACAGCUUGUAGUGGCAACGAGUGAGAUGAGGUCUGCUCUUCUCUCACUAUGUUUUCACUUGGCCCUAGCAGUCACACUGACUGCAAGUGUUCCUGGCUUUGCUUGUGGUAGGGUGAUCGACCCGAAACCAAGACCCCAACCAACACCACAGCCCGGACCAAAACCUGAUCCUAAGCCAGAACCCAGACCAACACCACAGCCUGAUCCAAAGCCGGAACCGCAGCCCGAACCACAACCGGUACCUGACCCAAAGCCAGAACCCACACCAACACCACAGCCUGAUCCAAAGCCGGAACCGCAGCCCGAACCACAACCGGUACCUGACCCAAAGCCAGAACCCACACCAACACCACAGCCUGAUCCAAAGCCGGAACCGCAGCCCGAACCAAAACCGGUACCUGACCCAAAGCCAGAACCCACACCAACACCACAGCCUGAUCUAAAGCCGGAACCGCAGCCCGAACCAAAACCGGUACCAUUACCUGACCCAAAGCCGGAACCCGAACCAACACCACAGCCUGGCCUAAAGCCGGAACCGCAACUCGAUCCAAACCCCGGACCACAACCUGAUCCAAAGUCUGAACCCAAACCAGCACCACAACCUAACCCAAAGCCGGAACCGCAGCCCGAUCCAAACCCCGCACCACAACCUGACCCAAAGCCGGAACCUGACCCAAAGCCCGAGCCACAACCUGAUCCAAAUAACCCCGCUCCACAACCUGGCCUAAAACCGGAACCCCAACCAGAACCCGCAAGGCUUGAACCUGAGCUAAGCCCCAGUACUUCGCUUGAGGAAAAAGCAAAGCCAGCGCCAUCGGUGCAUGUUCCCCAUCCAAGCACUAAACCCACCCUAGAGCCCAAGCCCAAGCCAGAACCCAACCCGAAACCUACACCUGAGCCAGAGCCUAAACCCGAACCUGAACCAUCCAAACCAGAGCCCGAGCCAAGCCCAAAACCUAUGCCAGAGCCAAAACCCCAACCUGAACCGUCCAAGCCAGAGCCCCAGCCAAGCCCCAAACAAACACCUAAACCAGAACCAUCAAAUUAAGCCGGAGCCGCCACCCUUCUCAUCACGCAUUGGCACGGGCACCAUGGAAGGGAACUAAGAGGAGAAUGUACCUGACCAAUGUGCACUAUCUAGCUCUUGGCUAUGACCAAGCAAGGCAAUAACGUUUGUGUAAGAGUGAGCUAUUAGUGUGUAGCAUCACUGUUUCUAUGGAUUGUAUGUACUAACGUUUUCCCCUAUAUUUCCAUCAUAAGCAUGCAUCGGCAUAUAUAUGCUAUGCUAGGUUUGUGUAUCAUCAAUGAAUAAACGAAACAAGUAUUAUAUAUGUGUGUUGUUGCCACA